AUGGGCGCCGUAAGGAUCGUGUCCCGGCGCAUGGUCCGGCCGGAACCAAUCACCUCGGGGCCGCCGGAGACCAUCCACCUGACGCCAUGGGAUCUCCGGUUAAUCGCCGUGGACAACAUCCAGAAGGGCAUCCUCCUGCCCAAGCCUCCAGCCACCGGAGGACGGGGACACGAUGCCGCCGCCAUGGUCGAACGGCUCGAGUUGUCCUUCGCGCGCGCUCUGGGGCGCUUCUACCCCUACGCCGGCCGCCUCGCCGUCGCGCCGGGGAGCAAAGACGACGCGGAGGGCGAGAGCAUGGCCAUCUCGCUCCGCUGCAGCGGCGAGGGCGCCGAGUUCGUCCACGCCGUGGCGCCCGGCGUCGCCGUCGCGGACAUCACCGUCCCGCUCUGCAUCCCGAGGGUGGUCUGGUCCUUCUUCCCUCUCGACAGGCUGCUCGGCGUGGACGCCAUCGCGGACUCUCGUCCGGUCCUGGCCGCGCAGGUCACCGAGCUCACCGACGGUGUAUUCGUCGCCAUGUCGGCCAACCACGGCGUCGCCGACGGGACGACCUUCUGGCACUUCUUCAACACCUGGUCGGAGAUCAGUCGCCUGAACGACGGCGACGUUGGCUGCGAGAUCUCCACGCCGUUGCCGGUGCACCGGAGGUGGUUCCUGGACGGCUGCCCCGUCCCGAUCCCUCUGCCCUUCGGCAAGCUCGAGGACAUCGUCGGCCAGCGUGUAGAUACGUACCCGCCGGUGGAGGAAUGCUUUCUCCAUUUCUCGGCGGAGAGCGUGAGGAAGCUCAAGGCAAAGGCGAACGCCGAGAUGACAGGUACGGCAGUCACGGGCAACGCCAUCUCCUCGCUGCAGGCCCUGCUCGCGCACCUGUGGCGUGCGGUGUGCCGGGCCAGGAGGCUCGCGCCGGACCAGAAGACAGCGUACCAUCUCCUCGCCGGAUGCCGCGGCCGCGUGGACGGCAUACCGGCGUCCUACGCGGGCAAUGCGGUGGAGCACGCCACGGCGAUUUCCACCGCCGGCGAGAUCUUCGAGAGGGGGCUGGGCUGGGCGGCGUGGCUACUUAACAGGGCCGUGGCGUCGUUCGACGAGGGCAGUGCGAGGGACAGGCUCGCGUGCUGGCCCCGGAACCCAGGCUUCCUGCGCAUGUCGGAGGUCGUGACUGCCCCGCACCCGCACACAACGGUGGCGACAGGGAGCUCGCCGCGGUUCGACGUGUACGGCAACGACUUCGGGUGGGGCAGCCCCGUGGCCGUGCGCAGCGGCUCGGGGAACAAGGUGGAUGGAAAGGUGACCGUGUACGAGGGCAGAGGCGGCGGAGGGAGCAUUGCCCUGGAGGUUUGUCUGUCACCGGAGGCGUUUCCCAGGCUCCUCGCCGACGAGGAGUUCAUGGGCAUGGUGGGCGCGACUGAUUAAUAAUUGUGCCGCUUUAUGAAUUACUCUGCUUGAAUAACACGCCUUGUCGCUCGUCAGCUUGAUGGGACACACUGUGUCUUUUUUUCUCUCUAUAUAUACCUUUUCCUUUUUUCCCUGUUUGGUUUUUUCUUCCGGGUGAAAUAUUGUACUCCCUCGGUUCCCAAAUACUUGUCUCUCUAGGCAUUUCAAAUUGACUCAACAUACGGAUGUAUGUAGACAUAUUUUAAAGUGUAGAUUCACUCAUUUUGCGCCA